AUGAGGCGUAUGGGUGUGAGAUCUGGAGGUUGUCGGCGUAUCCGUGCCACAAAAUACAACCUUCGCUAUACUCUCGUGUUUACCGGGCCAGCCACUGUACCCAAACGAAUUGCUUUAUAUCAGAGACAACAGCGGCAGCCCGUCAUCACGAUCCCCCUUCCCCCCCUCGCCUGCGCUCAGCCCGCGCCUUCCGUGUGGCACUGCUCGGGCGCGCCUGCCUCGCCUCCCCUCCCCGCUGCUCCCCUUGCCGCUCUCCUUGCUGCUGCUUCUGCUGGCACUGCCGGUGGUGCCACUGCCAGUGGUGCAACUGCGAGUGGUGCCACUGCGAGUGGUACCCCUGCGAGUGGUACCAGUGGCAUUGGUUUCUCUGCUGCGGUGGUGGGCGCUGGCAGCAGCAGCAUUGGCACGUUAUCUCAAGCCAAGGCGUAUUUCUACACUGGUGAGCUGGUGUGCAGAGUGGGGUUAGCAUGUGGUGAGGGGUGGAGAGUGGUGGUAACGGGUGGAGAGAGUGUGGAGGUAGGGUGUGUCCCCUCGGCGCUCACGCCGGUGCUCUACCCCACUGCGGCUGCCUCGCUAUGCGGAGCAGCCAAGGGAGGCGCCACAGUCUCUGUCUCCUCCAUCAACACUCUCGCAAAGAUCAACUACCUCAUCAUCAUACUCAACCCCAUUCAAUCCCUCCGGUUGGUCAAGGUCUCCCUCUCACCCCCCUCCUCCGCCUCUCCCUCCAUCCCCUCCACCUCCUCCUCCUCCACCUCCUCCUCCACCUCCUCCACCUCGUCCACCUCCCCUCUCUCCCUCGCUUGCACGUGGGUUGCCCCACUCCCCUCGUUGUGGGUCUGCCGAGGCACAGCCAUGGUGGCUCAGGUCUCCCCAGCAGCCAAGGCGGUGGCAGCGCUGCCAGCAAUGCCUGCAGGGGCGAGGAGUGCAUGUGUGGUUGGAGUGAGGGUGGGAGGGGGGGUCGCUGCGACCCAAGCGGCACAGGGGGCGUUGGUGCGAGUGGCAGGGCAAGUGCGGUGA